CCGCAUCUCACAACGCUUUGCCACCAUCGCCACGCAUUUCCAUCAUCUAUUUUCCAUCAGGCACAGGCGUUCUUUAUCAGGGACGACCUUUCCAUCGACUUUGUCGGGAGUAUGCCUCAAACAGAGCCUCUUGACCCCAGCAUCAUCCUUGAUGACUGGAUCAAUCGCGUCCAGAACCUGCCCGAGGAGAUCCGCUUCAUGCAAGACGAAAUUUCCGACAAAGACCGACAGUACCAUGAAUGUGUUCGCAUGAUUGAGGAUCGCGAUGCCAAGAUUCAAAAAUGGAUCAAAACCAACGGUAGCCACGAACCUAAUCCCAAGGAAGAUCUGUUGAGAUCACAGAUUCGAGAACAAUAUGCCCGCGCAGAUCAGCUUGCGCAAGACAAGAUCGCCAUGACAAGGAAACUGCAAGUGAACGUAGACAAGCAUCUGCGUAGCCUUGAUAUCCAAAUCAAGCUCCUCUACGACCGAGCAGAGCCCGGUUUCACAGAUCCCGACGAAGUCCCGUCGCUGCUGCGCCAAAGCGCCGCCAACCACGCCGUUCCUACCAUCCGUGCAAGCAAUCCCGCUGCUAUGGUUGCCACUGUCCCUCACCUCGCCCCCAUCAAUACCGCCGUGGCCAACGCUAAUGCUAAUACGGCCACUCUCGCCCGCCUUCCUUCGAACCCCCAGAUCCGCCAGGCCCAGGCACAGGCUCAAACACCAGCCCCCCAGCAAGUACAACAACAGGUAGCAGCGGCUCAACAUGCUGCAUCGGCACCCGCUACACCCGCUGCUAGCAUGAUUAUGAAUCGACAUCGCGAAAGCUCCGCCGGACCUAGUACGAAGCGCGGCCCGAGAACGAUUACAGGUAUGGGCAACGCUCCCGUCACUUCAAGCGGCCUUGCUCGACACUCCUCAUUAGGCCCUGGUACACCCAAGGCAAAUACACCAGCCGGUGCCAAUGGUGUCGUUCGCGCGGGCAGCGCUGGGCCCCGUGCCGGCCCAGUGAAGAGCACCAAUGGACCUGGAAGCCGACGUGGAACACCAACCGGAAUUGGACGAAAGAAGCCGCCACCAAAGUCGUCCCUCGCUCGUGUGAAGAAGUUCAAGGCACGCAAGUCACCUGCCUCAGCAGCCGACAGUGACAUGUCUGAUGCUGAUAGCGGAAGCGGCAAUGACGACGGCGAGGAUGGCAGCCCCGGAGCAGACGGAAAAGACGAUGAUGGUGACGAUGGCGAAGAAGGCGGCGAUGACAAGAAGUACUGUCUUUGCCACAACGUAAGCUAUGGCGAUAUGGUCGCUUGCGACAAUGACAAUUGCCCGUAUGAGUGGUUCCAUUGGUCAUGUGUUGGCCUGAAGAGCGAACCCAACGGUACUUGGUUUUGUCCGGUCUGCGCCGAGAAGAAGAAGGCGAAGUAACGGCAGACCUGCACAGCUGCAGAUUUGAAGGGACAACUGUACAUUGUUUGAACAUUAGAACUAGCAUUAGGGCGUCUGGCGUUUUGGAGAAUGGAUAUAUACCCAAAUAUGAUUUAAUACAACGGAAUUCAAUACCGCA